AGUACAAGAUGCAGCUUCAAUCAGUGAAGAAAGAUACUCUGUCCAUGAUGGAUUAUCUGGGUAAUAUUAAGUAUUAUUGUGACCUUCUUGCAGCUGUAGGAUGCAGGAUUUCAGAAGAUGAUCAAAUCCUUCACGCUCUCAAUGGACUUGGUGCAGAAUAUGAUUCAGUAAUGGUGGCCAUUUCAGCUAGAGUAGACGGUUGGACAAUGCAGGAGGUUACUUCUUUUCUUCUCAAUUUUGAGUCCAGGCUUGAAGUUUCUAAGCCUAGCAAAGUUAAUAUGGAAGGAUCUAUGCCAUCCUUACAUUUAGCUCAAGCUGCAGGCUACAACAAAGAAGGAAUGAGUCAGUCAAAUUACAGAGGUAAUCACCACUUAUCAGGGAGAUCUGAUGGCAGAGGAAGAGGAAAUGGCUAUAGAGGGGGCAGAUCUGGCGGAAGAGGCAGAUCUGGAAAUCGGCUAAUCUGUCAAUUAUGUGAAAAGCCUGGCCACACUUCAAGCCGAUGCUGGUAUCGUUUUGAACACUCUUUCAUGCCGCAACCAACCUUGGGAAGCACGCCUUCACAUCCACACCAGCAGGGGCAUCAAUAUGCUUCACAUCAGACAACCCCAUCUGCCAACAUUGCUCAAGCAAGAGCACCUUAUGUUCUUGCUACUCAAUCUGAUUUCUCUACUGAUGCAUCUUUCACUAGUUCUUGGUAUCCAGAUUUAGGGGCAACACAUCAUGUGUCCAAUGACCUCUCCAACCUGAACAAUGUCUCAGAAUAUCAUGGAGAUUUUGCAGACACCAUGGAGGAGUUUUCAGCAUGCUCAGGACUUGGGAUCAAUCAAGGCAAGUCUAACCUGUUUAUUGCAGGCACCGUCAAAGUUCCCAAUGAGACUUUGCUGCAGGUGUUCGGCUUCCCAGAAGGCACCCUCCCAAUCAAGUAUCUGGGUAUUCCACUCGCAUCGAAGAGACUUGCUACAUCGGACUAUGGCCAACUGGUUGACAAGCUAACAGACAAAAUCAAAAAAUGGCCAAGUAAGACUCCAUAUUUUGCAGGACGUUUGGAACUGAUUACCUCUGUCUUGCAGGGCGUGGAAGCAUACUGGCUCCAAGCCUUUCCGAUUCCUGGGACAGUUAUUGAGAAGCUCAUUGGGAUUGCCCGUACUUUCCUUUGGGGAAAGAAGUAUGGUCAAGUUGCGCGGGAUGAUGUUUGCAAGUCGAAGAAGGAAGGGGGUUUGGGAGUCAGAAACCUCAAGGCUUGGAACACGACACUCCAUGCCAAGAUUCUCUGGAACAUCCACUCGAAGAAGGACUCUCUCUGGAUUCGUUGGAUUCACGCAUAAUGUAUCAGGAAUUGUUCUAUCCGGGAGUGGACGGCACACAAGAAGAACGACUCUAUGCUCAUUAAAAACUCUUAUCCAUCUGGGAUGAAAUGUUGGACAGAUGCACUAGAGAUGAGGUCAUAGCACUCUGGAGUUCUUGUUUCGCGGGAAAAGGAGUACAUGAGGCAUAUGAGUGGUUUAGACCGAGAGGUGAGAGACGAUUUUGGGCUAAGUACGUUUGGAAGGACUUUGUCCCUCCUAAGUACUCGUUCAUUACUUGGCUCGCACUUCAAGGAAGCCUUUCCACACGGGACCGCCUCCACUACUUUGAGAACUUGGACCCUACGUGUCAGCUUUGUCGUUGGGAGGAGAAAUCAACAGACCAUCUCUUCUUCAAAUGCUCGAAGACUUGGGCAGUUUGGGGUAAGAUCAUGCUUUGGCUUGGCAUAGCGAGGAGAUCGACGACGAUCCGGAGUGUUGUCAAAUGGGCAGGACGGUAGAUCAGGGGAUCACAGAUUGUUCAGAUGGCGAAGAAGAUUGCUCUCAUGGCUUCAGUGGCGAUCAUUUGAAUAACACAGAACAAGGUUAUCUUCGAUGGGAAAACAUGGGACGCAACUAGGGUCAUCUUUGAGAUCAAAGAAGCCACCUACAAUAUCUUGUAUUCACAACGAUCAGAUUGUUCUUCACCUACCACAGAUGAUGGGGUUCACAGCUUUUGGUUGUUUUGGUUUUCGACACUUUUUGAGUCACUUAUCAGGGUACUCUUUUCCCCUUGGGGAGUUUUAUCCAUUGGGGUUUUAUCCCAAGGGAUUUUAAUGAGGCCCGCCCACUCUGGGUUUCGAUGGGUGAUUUGAACUGUGUUCAAUCUUGUUGGAGCCAUGCCCGUUCCUUUUUGCUUCUUGGUUUUUACCAUGUUACUUUGUACUAGCCGACUUGUGGCUUUUCACUUGUUCUUUCCUUGGGUAUGCCCGAAUGUAUGAUGUUAACGUUUGAUUUGGUUUGGUUUUAUUUAAUUCAUUUAUUCAUCAAAUAAAAAAAUUGAGCUGAGAUUCUUCUCCUUUCUAUAAUUUGAAUUUGAGACCGUAACAAUAACUAAUUCGAAUUCCGUAUCCUUCAAAAAUCCAGUCAACUAAAAUCAGAAAUUCCCCAAUUCUUGCCUUUAAAUGGACGGAGGAGCUUCUGGCGGCGGCGGCGGUCCGGCGCCUUUCCUGCUUAAGACGUAUGAGAUGGUGGACGACUCGUCGACCGAUGCGAUCGUAUCAUGGAGCGGGAGCAGGAAGAGCUUCGUCGUCUGGAAUCCACCGGAAUUCGCCCGCCUCCUCCUCCCUUCUUACUUCAAGCACAACAAUUUCUCCAGCUUCAUUCGCCAGCUCAACACAUACGGAUUCAGGAAGAUUGAUCCGGAGAGAUGGGAGUUUGCUAACGAUGAAUUCGUCAAGGAUCAGAAGCAUCUUCUUAAGAAUAUACAUCGUCGAAAGCCUAUCCACAGCCAUAGUCAGCCUCAAGGUUCAGUUGAUCCUGAAAGAGCGACAUACGAGGAAGAAAUUGAUAAGUUGUCGCGCGAGAAGGCUGCUCUCGAAGGAAACUUGUUGGGAUUCAAGGAGCAGCACUCUGCAGCUAAGGUGCAGUUGGAUGACUUAACGCAGCGUAUAGGUAGCAUGGAGCAGAGACAGGAAAAGCUACUUAGCUACCUGAAUAAGUCACUUCGAAAUCCUGAGUUUGUUGAACGCCUUGCUCAGAAGCUUGAAUCGAUGGAUUUUUCAGCGUAUAAUAAGAAGAGGAGGCUCCCCCAGUCAGAUGAUGUGCAAUCGAUCCAGGAGACUGUUUCAGUGGACAACGAAAGCAGCUGCAGGCCCGAGUUCGAUUGUACAGAACAAGACCGAGACUUCUGCAAUAUGCUUAGGCUGGAGUUAUCGACAGCUGUUUCUGAUGUCAACCUGCUUUCACAUAGCACACAGAGCUCAAAUGAAGAUGGGAUCAAGGGAGAAUCGAGGGAUGGCCAGCUUACGAGAACAGAGGGUUUCGUAUGCCCCCCUGAAACGUUGGAGCUAUCAGAUACCGGGGCUUCUUUGGAUCUACACAUGGAUUCAUCUUUGUCGUGCAAAGUGGGAACCAAAAGCCCGAAACUGCACUCCUUGCAUAAUAGCUCGACUUUGAACGAUGAGGGUGAUGCUCACCUGUCCUGCCUGUUGAACCUCUCUCUUGCUUCGUCUCCUCUGGAGCUCAAUAAGAGCCAGAACUCCACCGUGAUGCCCCAAUCAAGUUCGGAUAUGUGUACCUCCUCACGGCCAAACAGCGAUACUAUUGAUGUUGGCCAUCAGACUUCUACAGCUGAUCGAACAUGUCGGGAUGAGGCUCAGGCGUUGUCUUCCUCACCCAAUGCCGAAAAGCAAGAGCCAGCAACGGAGCAGAAACGUGUGAAUGAUGUGUUCUGGGAACAGUUCUUGACCGAAAGACCUGGCUGCUCGGAUACUGAAGAGGCCAGUUCUUCUUUUAGGGCUAACCCUUACGACGAACAAGAAGAGAAGAGAUCGGUCAGAGGCGUGGCAAAGAACACCAAAGGUAUGGAACAUAUUACACUCUAGAAAUAACUUCAUUGCUUUGCUUGGAUCUGUUGUUAUUCAUGGAAAUUCAUAUGCUAGUUUUUUUGUAUGAGGCUAGUGGUUAUUAUAAGAAAGAAUUCACCAUUUAAUCAUGUGAUUAUGAUUGUGAAUAAGCUUAUGAACAACUGGGUUGACUUCAAGAUUUUGUCUUUAA